CCGUUGUGUGUUCAUCAUCGUGUAUGUUUUUCAUUAAGAAGUGUGAACAAUGUAGAUUCACAUCUCGGAAUUACGAUCGUGAUCUGUUUCGCAAUGUGAAACGCAACGGCUACACAACUUUCCUAUUUGGUUACGAGAAGGUGGAAAUCUUUCCACGCCUGGGGGAAAAAUUAUUCCGAAAAUUAUAUGUAUUAAGAGUGGACAUGAAUGGAAUCAAGAUCUACGCAUCGCGAAGAUUGUUUUCUACUCUGAAAAACUCCACGGCGAAUAGCUAGCAAGAAUACCAAGCAUUUUUUUCUUAGUGCAAUUCUCUCACGCGCGUCUCGAAGAUUCCCGCUCAUGACAGUAAAGAGACGAAGUUAUGGGAUCCGUUUCGCUCGAUUCUCGAUCAAUGGAAAACGACCAAGAGCGAGUUCUGUUGGACGGAGGUUCGCGUACCGCGCGAGCGGCAAAACAGGAUCCGAAGCAGCCAGCUGCCAAUUCCGAAUAUCAGAGUAACUUUUGGGGUUCGCUGCGACAGACCACGUCCGACGAUAGUGCGAGAGACGGCGAUGAACAUGCGAGGCAGCGAGAGACCGGCGAACAUCUCGAGACUUUGAAAUUCGCCAAGAAGAGCAAAGAUCGCGGCGGAAGAAAAGCGAAUUCCAGCAAGCGCAGAGUCACGUUCGCCGACCAUUAAACUCGCUCUCGCGGCGAUGGCGAGCGUUGCGUUACAUUACAUUAAAAACUGCAGAAAAUGCAGAUAUCGUAUUGCACUCAUUCGACGGAUGUCCAAUCGGAUUUUUCCGCGUAAUAAGAUUUUUCGAUCAAAGGCGCGCGCGCGAGAGCGGAUAAUACGAUUUCAUCGUCGAGAAAUCGCGCGUAACCGAUCUUUGUCAAUGAUAUGAUA